AACAGGCAAAAUACCCCUUCCAAGUGGAUAAAACAUGAAGUCAGACAAUAAAAAGUGUAUUAAAAUGUGUCCUUUAGUGGCCGCUCUGCAAUGGAAUUCUCUGGAGAGUGGUUGAUCGCCGAAAAUGGCAAUAAAGCCACUUAUAUCGGAGAUCUGUGAACAGGCAACGUAAUGGCAUAAACAGGUCGAUCAUUAUGCCGCCAGUUCCCGUCGAAGAUUAAUCGUUUGUGGACGCAAAAUGUGUGCAGCAGGACCGUGCCUCAAUUGGUUCACGGAUGCAGACGCAGAUGAUGUUUGUGAUAUGUUGCCGCUGAUCACGGUUAAUGAUAAUAGCGUUAUCGCAAAGGAGGUCACCUUUGAAGCGAGUGAGUUUUUGCCGCCUGUGUUUGAGGAAACGGACCUUGUCCUGUACAACGAUCAUCAGCUGGUUACAGAAAUCAACGAAGAGAUACAUGAAACAUCAUCGGAUGGAACGAUUCUCACACAACUAAACAACGAGGCGCAGUACCAGAUUAUGGACUUAGCACCGAUUGGAACCGUUAUUGUAUGUAACAAGUGCAACUUACAAUUCAAAUGUAAAACUCAUCUAACCCGACACCAGUUAUUGCUGCAUGAAGAUGAAUUGGGUGUUGCGAAGAAAAUCACGAUGCUUCGGAAUCAUUGUCGUCAAUGUACCGAUAGUUUUUCCUCGAUUAAGCAGCUCAAAGUUCAUCUUGCAACCAAACAUCCACAGCAUUUCGUAUGUGAUCUAUGUUUAACAACAUUCCCAAAUCAGGCCACACUUGAAUGGCAUCGAAACUUUCAUGUUUCGAACAAAACCCAAAAUGGGAGACACAUUUGUGAUAUUUGCCAGAAGCAAUGUGCUAGCUCGAGUCAUCUGCACCUACAUCGGAAAGUUCAUCUGGCACAUAAACCGUACCCUUGUACGUACGGCUGCGAUCGCCGCUUCUCAUCGUCCGGUAACCGGCAGAAACAUAUUGCACGAAUGCACACGCACGAGAAGAAGUACCGCUGUACAAACUGUAACGAAUCGUUCAUCUACGCACGUCAGCUGCAAAUACAUCGCGAACGGAAACAUUCUGAAUUUAGAGGCAAUUGCAAGGGCACCACCAUAUGUACGAGAUGCAAGGAAUCGUUUGAUACCGAUGAGUCUUUCCUAGAACAUACGAACAAGCUUAACUGCUUGGAGCAUCGUGCAUUCGAAUGUGUAUUUUGCGCCAGACGCUUUAAACAGGCUACACACUUACGAAAUCAUGUACUGACGCAUAAGCAAGACAAGCGAGCUUAUGGUUGUGAAUUUUGUUCAAAGCGAUUCACUUUGCCAGGAGAUCUUAAAGUACAUAGACGCAUCCACACGAAGGAAAAACCGUUCCAAUGUCCUCUCUGUCCGGCCGCCUUUAUGAUGGGGAAGCAGUUGAACAAACAUCAAUUCAAAGUUCAUAACAUUGGGACUGAGAAAACAACAUUGGACUCAGAGUCUCGUUAAGUCAAUGAACUAGCAAUAAAUCUCUGGUCUUAUUUAGCAUUCAGAACAGGAAUAAAUAGAACAGUGUGUACGUGCCAGGUAACCAAAUAAGCUUGAUGUUAGGAAGUGUUUAAAGCAAUAGAAACAAUUUGUCAAUUAAAAGUAGAGUGAAACGACAAUAAAAAAAAUUAUACGGUCUGCGGAGGUAGGCAAAGUAACUGAGAAUAUACACUCAUAUGAUCACAACACACCCGUACAGUUGUCCUCAAAGCAAUCAAAUGUGAUGAAUUAAUUUGGGUUCCCAUAGAUUGAUUGAAUAGAUUGCCAACCGAGCAAGACACAUUGGCACCAAAAUGGGUAAAAUGUAACUUCUAUCUAUAGACAGUGCGCAAUCUUAAUCCACCUGGCAAUAAAACGACAAUGUUAGUAUACAUCAAGAACUGACCAAGGUUUAGGUUGAGUUCAACAGCAAA